AUGUUAAAUCGCGUCCGUCGAGACAGACGAAAGAAACUUCCUUCAGUGUUUCUUGACUCAACGGCGGACUCAUUUAGCGCAACUGUUGACUGGCCAACAGGAGCCGCUCUUCCCGUUCCAAAGAAAAAGCAGAAGAACAAAAGGGAGUUGAGUGCCGUGGGGCUGGUUGGCCCUGGUGGUGGUGAGGUCUGGGGACCACACAUCCUGCGAAGUUGUCACUUUAAAAUUGCCGAAGUUUCUGGGAUUAUUACGCUAAUAGCUGGAGAUGGCAAACGCGCCAGCACUACAAGCGAGCCCCUCGAACUCUGGCGCCUUUCUCCGAAUACGCCGGAGGCAGUAGCGGAGCUGGAAAUUGAACUCCAGGUUCAUCUGGUUCAAUUAUUAGGCAAUCCACAGCCACUACGGGGACAGUGGCAGCCCCAGGGACAGCAACAACCUCAGCCAGGAGCUGUGCAGGAGAAGGCGACCAGCUCCCAGUCUACCAGCUCUCUCUCUUCAUCGAAUUCACACUGCGCUGCUUCAGGAGCAGCUGGCGGGAGGGUUCUUCCAAAGCGACGCCUGGCAGGGGGCUUGCUUCGUCCUAAUGGCAUAUCGCCACAAGGUUUUCGAAGGCCGGCACCUGUUCCUCCGGAUGCAGCGGGAUUCGGGGUUUCAGGGCUUGAUGUGUCGGAAUGGAAAGAUAGAGAGUCUGCUCAUCCCAAUAGCUGCCCGCCUACUGGCACAUUUGUAGGAUUUGUACCUCCCUUACGCCGAGCUAUAGAGGAGGUGCCAAGUACCUUCGAGCCUCUUCCCCUAGAGAAGGCGUGGGCAGUUAACGGAACCAAGGCACUGCUCUCCUCGAUUUGCCUAUGCUGCGGACGUUUAGAAGGCUGUUGCUGCUGCUGCAAUGACGAUCCUAACUUUGAAUCGUGCAUCGCUAUAGCGGAUUUCUUUCGCCCGUUGUUUGCUGGGGUUCAGACGGAGGCGCUGCUACCGUGCGAACAGCAGAACCGACGGGCAGACGUGUUACCCCCAGUUAUUGGGAAAAGCUGUAGUCCUUCUGGUCAAGAUAACAGCGUAGAUAGGAUAAAUACCCCAGCAGAACCUGAAAAUGCUGAUGAUUGCUCCCUUGCGACUGCUGCGGCGCAGCCCCAGUGCGACAUCCAGCCUCUACAGGCAACGUCGAAAGCUCCCUUCCAGUAUGAGGCUUCUCUCGAGAUUCCUCCGGACCCAACCAAGCCAGCUCAAGGCGAGAAGACUCGCGUGCACCCGCCAGGCUUUGGUGCUCCGUCUUCAGCAGCAGGCUGCUGCGCCGGGGCCGCUGCUUUCUCAAUAGGCCAUAACGCAGCCCCUCCUCGCAUCACCCAGCCCAGAAGCAGAUUCCGUGCACUUGCGGGGGGAUGCAUGAAUCCAGCCUCUAGCGGUUUCCAAGCGGCUCCUUAUCGUAGCUGCCAAAACAGCGGAAGGACUUCGACGAGCAAAGCCAGUGCCCCAGGCCCAGCAGCGGCGAGAUGCAGAACCUUUAACAAACCUGGGGCGACGGCAGGAUAUACUGAAGCAGCAAACAGGCGGAACUACACAGGCCAACUGACUGUGAAGCCUCAGCCGCCACAACCGCUACAGACGGAGCAACGUGAAUUGUGGCAACAAAAAACAUCGUUUCAGCAAGUUGCGUCCGAGGCAGGGGUAGCACCAGUUGGGGAUCUGCAGCGUCAAGCCCCUCCCCUGCUGCUUGCUGAAGGACUGCCUGAAGGGCAUCGCGAAAACCUGGUAGACUAUAUCCCUAUUACAUUCUGCACGGCACCGACGGAGAUGCCGCCUUUCAACGCGGCGUACGCAGCUGCCCGGCACUUGUUCCUGCCUACGACCCUUGAAGAGAAGGGUUUGACGGCAAGUCGUUUGGCGCUGCGCUAUUUCAACAGCACCCUUGUCUCUCUGCAGACUGCACUGGCAGAGACAGCACAAAAUGUUUGCUGGAGCAAUGGCUGUUCUCCAGGAAUGAGUGAGGCCCGAUUCGUUGUAGAAGCCGCAUGCAUCCGCCUGGAUGGGAAGCAUCAUUAUGGAUUUCAGCAGAGAAAUGCUGAGGCGCACCGGCAGCGAAAGGCACAGCAGCAGCAAAUGCGGCGAUACCAAAAGCUGCGCCAGCGGAAGAAGAGGCGCAUCGAAUGCGGGAAGAUUGUCAGCUCUGCAAGCGAAGCUGAUGAACUGGAGGAAACAUCCGAAGACAGUGAAUGCGAGGCGACUGCCCCGAGGCAACCAGGGCUCCUCCUUGACCUCUCAAAAGCCAAUAUCUUGCCAGGCCCCCUCUUGAGUGUGCUGGAGGGAAAUCCUGCAGCCAAGACGUCUAGCAUUCCCUUUGAAAAAGCUCUGUCAAUGAAAGAACAGCUUGGGCGCAAUGAUAUAUGGGCGUUUUCUCUUGACGGGCGCUUUGAAGAUUGGUCAAAGAUCCUUUUGGUUCGAAGCAUGUGGCGUGGGGCGAGCCCUCACACGAGCUGCAUAAAGGUUUCAGUGUUGGGUCCCUGGCCGGUGGCUCUAAACGCGGCUGAGAUGGCGCUCAACGCGUUAACAGUGGAAGUAGGACUAAACGUGAAAUGUUUGGACGCUGCUUCAAUGGAGCUUGGCAAGGCGUGCGCUGCUCGUGUCCUUGGGCUUGGCGAUCACGAAGGGAGAGACAAAGCAGCUUUUGACGCAGAUUCGACGAUCAGCCAACAAAUAAUGAUGGAUGUAAGCAGCGAAGAUGCGGAGGCCGUAGUGUGUCAUUGUUCCAAUGGCGGAGGCAGCUGGAUGCUAAACGAAGAGCAGCAACGGGUCCUCAUUGCCAUUUCGAGGUGGUUUCGUUACUCCGAUGAGCGUCGCCCAUUUGAAUUGCGGGGAGAAACUCAGCGUCAUGAGGAACAACAUGAGGAGGUAGAGAGAUCUGAAACAAAGACUCGUCCAGAUCGAAAUUGUCAAGACCUGCAACAAGAUGGAGUAUCUAUCUUUUCGCAGGAUAACCAGCACCCAUCCCUCUGGUCGACGACUCAAGCUGAUUCGUCUGCUAUACAGGCAAGAGGCGAAGAUUGUCGUAGUUCCAUUCCCAUGUGCGCCUCCGUGGCGGCACAGGGAUGCAUCACGGGCCCCUCAGCAGGGGCGUUGCCGGGUGAUGAAGACGUCGCUGAUCUCUGUCUUGAUGCCGAGUACUUGGAUGAAAUUCAUCGGCAAAAAGAAAAUGGUGUAGCGGCGAAUGUUGCUAGCGCAAGCUGCUGUGUGCCUACAACGGACUCAUGCACCUUUCUGCCGAGCAUUCUCAGCGAGGACGCGAAAGACGGUCUUAAUGACCAGAAGCACAGGAUGCCCCAGUCCUCUAUCAGUGUCCCCAAAUCCGGACGGGUUCCUCAUGAAAUCAACACACCCGGCAAUACUCAGAACCGGACCAGUGGUCCUUCGGAGGUUCAGAAACUCCGCCAUAUUCGUUCUAAGCAGGCAUGUGCAACCGGCGCAUUCCAGCCUUCGGCUGUCUCUGUCGCCUUUUCAUCAUCACUGAAUUCAACAGCAGCUAGCAUGCCGACCUCCUCACCACCCGUGUUUCUCGUCCAGGGUGUCUUCGGCGCAGGCAAGACAACUUUGCUCGCAGCCACACUGGCAACCCUCUGCAGGCUCCUGGAUCUAGCGAAGAGCCGCAGCCAUGUACUGUUGGUAUGUGCAACUAAUGCAGCUGUUGAUGGCGUAUUGUUGCGGCUGCUAAGGCAGUAUGAUUGUAACGACUUUGCCCGCAUUGGCCGCCUCUCCGAGAUGCAGCCUGAGCUGCUGCCGCACGCUAUUUCCAGCAGCGCUGCUCGGAACUCAGCCGUGCAUGAGUUCAAGACCGUUUUGACCCGUCUGCUAGCUGCACCGGGUGCCCGCCCGGCCCUUGCAAGCAUGGCGAAAGAACUCCUUAGAGGCGUCGACAGUGACGGCAUAGCUGCAGGAACAGUUUUUCCUUUUCUGUUGAUGGACGAGGCGUCGCAAGUUGCGGAGCCAUUGGCAGCAGCUGUGUUGACGCGGGCUAAUCCACUGCGGUGCAUCUUUCUGGGUGACACACGCCAGCUGCCUCCGACAACACGUCUUCGAGGUCCCGUAGCGGGGACAGCCUCCUCUCUCUUCUCCCGUCUUCUCCACCGUGCAGCGCCACCGCCCGCGGUUUCUGAAGGCCAGAGAGCCUCAGCGCAUGCUGUUGAAAUGGGGGCAAACCCGUCUUGCCAGAGCAGUCGACUACCUCGAUCAAAUGCUCUUUUCAGUGUGUUUCAAAUGCGGCUCCAAUACCGCUGCCACCCCGACUUGGGUAGUUUGGCUGCGGAGUUGUUUUAUGGGCGUUUCGUGGCUCACGGGGUGACUGCGGCUUCUCGGCAGUCGUUGCUGCCAGAAUGGAAGGGCGCGCUGUGCUUGGCAGUUGUUCGUGGGAGUCGAGAAACAAAAGCUGGUCGGUCGCUCGUGAAUGUGCAUGAAGCAGUGGUGGUUGCGCGUCUGGUGCAGCAUGCGCUGCAUGGCAGCCAUGCGACGAGCGUCCAAAGCUCAGGACAAGCGGGAGGCGGAUUUCAAGCUGUGAGGCCCAGAGCGGAGGACUUGGGCGUCAUCUGCUUCUAUCGGGCACAGGCAGAGGAGGUCAAGAGGCAGCUUCUCCGACUCCUGCCGAAGGCAGUGGUAGAUUCGGUACAGGUUUCCACCGUUGAUGCCUUCCAGGGGUCAGAGAAAGAAGUCAUCUUCCUCUCUCUCGUGCGUUCAAAUGCACAUCUGUACGGCUCAGCUGCAGGACAGCAGCAAUUAAUACGUGGAGGCACCCACGACUUCCUCACUUGUCCUCAUAGAGUUUGCGUUGCCUUGACGCGGGCCAGAAGGCAGCUCGUUAUUGUUGCUGCCGACACAUUUCUUAAGCACCAAGGUGGCCUCUGGUCACAUGUUUGCCGCCGAGCCACUCAAAUUCACAUUUAG